CUCUGCUUCUCCUAGACGCUGCUUGUUGCCAACAGGAAAAAAAACACUAGCACACUAGCAGCCAUGCCGUCGAAGGUCAACUCGGAGCUGUUGGACCAACAGCUGAAGGCGGAGGCUCCCGUUGCGGAAGCAAGCUGCCCUAGAUUGCGGGACAUGUGGCUGCAGGAGAGCAACAAGGACGAGCCAAACCUCGACAUCAAGUUCCAGUACGCCCUUACGCUAAUCAAGACCAGAUCCCACGACAAGAAUCGCGAGGGAAUGUCUCUGUUGGAAGGUCUUGCUGAAAGCAGCUACCACGUUGGGGAGUGCUACUACAGCAUGGCUCUCGCGCUGUACCGGAUGGGACGAUACGAGGAGUGCCGCAGCAUGGUGGAGAUCGUUCUGAGGAUGGACCCAGACAUGCCCGCCGCGCAAACCUUGCACAAGGCUGUCCAGGAGGCCGUUGCCCGCAGAAAUGAGACUGUGAGGAACGUCGCCGCGGGAGGCGCGGCCGUGGCGGGUCUGGGCAUCCUCGUCGGAGCGUUGCUUUCCCGUCGAUGAUGUGAUGUGCUGCUUCUCACGAUUUUGCGCCGCGUUGCCGUGGAAAAAUGGGGCGUGGAUUCCGCCCUACAAGGUGUCGGCGUCCAGGGAUUUUCGUGCAGUCUUGCAAGAGUUUGGAAGCGCUAUCCAAGUGCCCGAGUCGCCCAGCCUCCCGUUGUCGGGCGGAAAAGGGGUGGUAUUUACGCUUUUGAAGAUAUUUCGAACAGCUGCAACAACCGCACCGUGCAGGGGGGAGCGAGGUUGGGAGCA